UCUACUGAUUACGAGUCGCGACGCAUUUUUUAGUUCUGUAGUAAGUCUGUACAAGGUAUUAUAAUACCUAUAAACUAUCUUCUCCUGUGAGUAGUUUAUACGUUGUUAUGUCAUUGUAGACUUGUUUGACGUGGACUACUACAUGCAGUGUAGAUGAAUUCGUCUGUCGAGAUCAAGACGCGUCAACAGGCCGUGCAUGCUGUCGAGCAGGCCGGGUGGUUCUGGCAUAGCAGUCACGGCUAAGGCCACCGCCGCACCGAUCCUCCGAACCGGUAACAGGUUUCCGAACUGCAAAUUAUUUUUCAACCACUGACCUGGUGAAUGUUUGUCCGCCCCAGCCUCACGUGUGGUUCUGAACAGAACACCAGCCGCUGCAAGUCACCCAUGACCAUGUCCCAAAGAGCACUGCCUGUCACCUUACCAUAGACUCAGGCAUUACGCAGGCCUGGCGGAAAAGCUUCAGCAGAGAUAAUGGACAUAGAAAAGCUGAUCAUGUCGCCUGCCCGGGCUGAAGAUGUGACCAAAGCUUCCGCUAUCACCGGACAAGAGCUCUGCCUUGACAAUGACAUGCCUGCGUCAGAAAUGGACAAUCUGCUGCAGGAUGACACAAGUUCAGCCUCACAGAAUGAACGUGACAACAAAAAUGCUGACGGAAAGGUCGGAGGAUCAUUUUCUCGGGCAAAAGGCCUUAGCGCGUUCUCUGCUAGCGGAAUGAUCAUGUUGUCCAUUGUGCUUCCUAUAUCAAUGCCAUAUGCCUUGGCACAGGCAUCCUUGGUUGGUGGUGUAAUGCUUAUCAUACUGGGAGCAAUGGUUAUGCUGUACAUGGCUAUGCUAGUGGGCAGAUGCUGGGUGAUUAUGAUGGAAACUUGGCCCGAUCAGUAUAGUCAUCAGAAAGUGAGACGUGUUUACCCUGCCAUAGCCAAGGAGGCCGGUGGUCGUUUCUGGGAAAUAGCUACUCUGAUUUCAGUGGCAUUCACGAACUUUGGAGCUGCUGUUGUAAUGCUUCUCGCUGCAGCGUCAAUGGCAGAUGUGUUAUUGUCCGGCUACUUCUCUGUUAGGAUAUUGGCAGUGUUUGGGUCAAUUAUACUUCUGCCUCUGGUAUGCUUUGGCACUAUGAUGGAUGCUUGGUGGCUGGGAACGUUAGGAGUGCCAUUAACACAGUCUGCCGGACUCACUAUGCUGCUUGCAGUUAUCUUGAGUAAAGUGUACCCUGAAAACACAAUUUCACACCCAGGCUCACAAAUAGUCAGCCAAACGACAAUGCUGAUACCUCAAACAAACAUGACAUCAUCUCCCUGGACCAUGACAUCAUCACCAAUAUCUUCCACAGGAUCUGCUAUUCCCUUCCAGGAGAGCGGCAGUACCGUCACGUUCCCAUCAUUCUGGAUUGGUUUGUCCACGAUAGUAUUUGCCCUAUCGCCCAUGUCCGUCAUGCCCACAGUGCAACACGACAUGCGCAUGCCGGAACACUACACACGCGCCGUCUUGCCGGCGUUUACUACUUCAGUUCUGAUGUGCUUGUCUAUAGGAGUGGUUGGCGUGGAGACUUUCGGCCAAUACUCCCAUCCAAACACACUCAGCAGUGUGCGGUGUCGCAGUUCCCCGGCAGUGCAGGUCGUCGGCAAGAUCAGCUCUGUGCUCAAUUGUAUUUAUAGCCUGGGUAUCGUAUUGCUAGCAUUGAUACCACUAUCGCAAAGCUUGGAGGAGGCAGUAAAUCUACCUGCAAAAGUUGGUUUCAAGCACAUCCUGGCUCGUGCAUGCACCUUAGUGCUUACUCUUGCUAUGGGCUUGGCUCUGCCUGAGUUCCACAAGUAUGCCUCGUUGAUUGGUGCAUCGUCAAUGGCGCUCAACAACUUCAUCUUUCCUCCGCUGUUCUACUACUGGAUUGUGAAGAAAGCUACCGGUGCCACCUUGCACCGUGCUCAGAUAGGUUUCUUUCUAUUUGUGCUGGUCGUCGGCGUAAUUACUGGACUGGCUGGGACCUAUGCUGCAAUCCGGAAUAUUGUUGUAAACUCAAGGCCACCAGUGUGUUAGCUCCGUCACUGUAGUAAGCUGUGAUAACCAGACUGGCAUUCAGGCGUAGGAUCACACACUCUCAGCAGUCUGGACCGGUAUAGGAAUCGUCCUCGAUCUCGCCUUCAAAUUUCCUCUGGAAGGACUAGACUUGGUGUUCAUUGUAUAUCCUCCGACGGUUGCUUGCUGUACACAGUGUGUGCCUGUGUUACUGUAUGUUUGGAUGGCUGCGUAGUAUCAUGCUCUUUACAUGUCCAGUAAAACCUGGUUUAAGCGACCACCCCACGGUGCAAGCAAAAGCGGUCGUUAAAGCCAGGUGGUCUUUAGAACCAGGUCCCACGGUGUCUUUGUAGAACUGUCGGUGCAUGGAAAGACGGUCGUUAAGAGCAGGUGGUCGCUAAACCCAGAGGUCGCUUACACCAGGUUUUACUGUACAUGUAAGAGUGGCUGGCUACCUUCCAUCUUGGCUGCAGCUGUUCACUGUUGUUGGCUGCCAUGAAGGCACAACAUAAGACUUACAUCAUGCUCUUGCAUUUGGGUUCCUAUCGUUAGUACUACAUGUACAGUAGGUAUCGGUUAUAGCGUGGGUGUUUGAAAAACGACAUUUGAUUCUUAUUGCCGAUAUUUCUUACACACGAUAAAUCACGUGUGACAUAUCAUAUGCGCGCACGUUUGGCAUGUGGACACGUACAUGUACACACGGAUCAAUCAGACUCGCGGUCGUGCUAGGCGACUGCGGAGCAGCGGAUACGAAAGAAGUCGAAAGAAAGAGUCCGACUGGACAGAAAAAGUGAUUCUCCAAUGCUCCCUUGGACAUAACUCUCUUUUUGUGUUGAAUUAUUGUAUUGAGUAUGCACAGAGCACAGAUGUUAUUACUACAGGCGAUACACUUUGCGCUAAUCUGGCAUAUUUUGCUACACAAAAUCCAUUCUUAGGGCCGAUAUAUUCUACUAUGCGAUAAUACUGCUUGUAAGAAUAAAUAUACACAUAAAAUAUGUGUUAUGAUUAUGAAAAAAUGAGUGUUCAUUCUUGUAAGCAGUAUAUUCUUGUAUACGACCACACUAUAACCGAUACGCACUGUACAUGUACCAGGUAACCUACCUUAGUCCUACUCAUGGGUAAUUCUUAUUUUUUGCAUGCAUUGCCAGUCAAGAGUACUCGCUACUGCCCCUCACGAUUUUACAGUGACUAGUAUGGGGUCUCCUGACACAUUGACAUUGUUGUGUCUUAUCUACAGUUCUACC